UAUUUUAGUUUUUGGAUUUUUUCGUUUUCAUAUUUUUGUUUUAGUUUUUGAUUUUCGUUUGUUUUAGUUUUUAAAUCCAUUUUGUUCGGCUUUUUUUUUUUUUUUAAAUUUUUAAUUCAUUGUGCUUUUUUUUUUUCAUUUUUCAGAUGCAGGCUACCAGGAGGGAGAGGGAAUACCUCAGAGCGGCCAACGCGUGGCUGCGGUGGGAGGACGCCGAGGGUGAAACCCUGGAUGGCGAAAAUAUUUUCGCCAUCCAGGAUCUCCAUGACAGGGCCGCCAAAUGGUUGGCGGAUGCCGAUGACGAGGAAUAUCUGCGCGGAGCUCGCUGGGAGGGAGGUGUCGGCCCAGACACCCCGAGAGCACGGUGGGUCCGCGCUCUGAGGCGCGAGGCGCGGGAGUUGGAGGCCGAGGGUGAGCAGGUGCUCACCCUGUACGACGUGGAGGAUGCCUGGGCGCUCAGGGUCCUCUUCGGGGACGAGCCCGCCCAGCCCGACCUGACCCAGGAGAAUUGGGACCUGGAGCAGUGGGACUGAAGCCGCUGCCCCC